AUGAAGAUUGUAAAGGAGAAGCAGCUCGAGCUUGAUUCUGUCAUGGCAACGCCGUAUGCAAUUCGAGUCAAUCUAGCCAGCAAGAUGACGCAAGAUGAAUUCCGCAAGAUUGGGGGGAUAAUGGUGAAUGCGAAAUAUGAGGAAAACUACUUUGGUGAUGUCUUCAAUGUGCUUAUUUGA